AUGUACAGCUUUCGGGCAGAUGCGGCGUAUGGUACACAAGGCAUGAAGAAUUCCCGCGUGCCGCGGGCGCAAGUGGGCGCCGAGAGCGGCCCAAGCCUCGGCACCUUGGAAGUCGGGGACGUGGUGACUGCCGAGGUGAAAUCAACGAGGGACACAUGGGCAGAGCUGGACGUGGACGGUCGGCCUGGCAGAAUUUACUUGGCUGAUCUCAGCAAGACCAAGAUCAGCCAUCCAGGCGAUGUGGUGCGGCCUGGGGAGACGGUUAGAUGCUUUGUGAAGCAGUUCAAGAAAGACUUCGUGUCGCUCACCAUGCACGACACCUUCAGCGGCCGCCUGCGCCUUUCUGAGAUAGAGACCGGCAGUGUGAAAGAGGCGGCGGUGACGCACGUGAAUCCCCGCAUCGGCGCCUUCGUGGACUUCGGCGCGGUGACGGCGGGGCUGGUGCCCUUGGCCAACUUCCCGGGCUUCACCGCCAAGGAGCGCGCGCGUACGCUUCAGCAGAGCCUCAGCGUGGACGAUGUGGUCCAAGUGCGGGUGGUGGAGGUGGAUGUCGCCAGGGGCCAGGUGAAGCCUCGUUUGAAGGCCGCGCCUGACGAGGACGAGGAAACGCGAGAAGAUCAGAGGGAGGAGGUGCCGCGGUUGCACUGGGCGACUUGCCGCUGA